AUGGCUACAUCUUUGGCUGAUUUUCAUCAAAUGAUAAAAUUAUUUGGUGCUGAUCCAGACGAAAUGAAUGUUACUAAUGGAAACGAGGAACCUGAAGAAGAAGACGAAGAGAAUGAAGCCGAGUUGCAACUUGACGAAGAAUCUUCACCUAUAACAAGUGGCGAGGAAGAAGAAGAAGAAGAAGAAGGAGAAGAUGAAACAGUUAAAGAUAAUCAACGAUCAUCAAAAACUAAACCGAUCUCAUCGGCAGCAGCUGCUGCGCGUUUAUCACGUUUAGCCAAUCAACGCAUGGAUUCCAAUCGCUUUUUAAUUUGUUCAGGAACAAAUUCUUACAAUACAAUACGUAAAACCAAACAUGAAGUACGACGUUUUGCAUUGUACUUAGAAGACACCUUCAACGAAAAAUGUCCCAUUGANGAAGCAGUUAAAGGUGAUCGACGAUCAUCGAAAACUAAACCGAUCUCAUCGGCAGCAGCUGCUGCACGUUUAUCACGUUUAGCCAAUCAACGCAUGGAUUCCAAUCGCUUUUUAAUUUGUUCAGGAACAAAUUCUUACAAUACAAUACGUAAAACCAAACAUGAAGUACGACGUUUUGCAUUGUACUUAGAAGACACCUUCAACGAAAAAUGUCCCAUUGACGAAUUGAAACCUGAACAAUUGUGUACAUAUUUAAAACACUACUUUGGCAAUGUUCGAAAAGCUGAUAAUACCGAAUAUGAACCUGAUACAUUACGAAGCUUUAUGUUGUCAAUUGAACGUUAUUUGAAAUCUCGUCAAUAUCCAUACAAUAUACUUGAAUCGCCUGUUUUUGCGUCAUGCCGAGAAGUAAUUCAGGAAAAGCGUGAUACAUGGGCUAAGCCAACAAAGAAUAUCAGUAAUUCGAAAGUUGAAGCAUUUACAUCCGAACAUGAAUCUUUACUUCGUCAAAUGAACAUCAUCACGCGCGAUACACCAGAUGGUUUAUUAUUGGAAUUGUUAAUCAAUAAUUCGAAAUAUUUCGAUCAACGUGGCAACGAAUCAACAAUAAAUCGUUCAUUGUUAUGGGGCGAUUUAGAAAUUAAAACUGAUCCAACAACAUCCAAUGAAUAUAUUGAAUACAAACGAUCGACGGUAAAUCUGCGUGCAUACGCUAAUCCAUCUCAAUCAAACUAUUGUCCAGUUGCCAGCUUACGUCUUAUGACGUACCAUCGGCCAACACAGUGUUCAAAUGCAGAUGCACCAUUUUAUCUCGUGCCACGAACAUCAACUGAUCAACGUGUCUGGUAUAAAACAAUUCGUGCCGGACGCCAUCGACUAGAUUUAUUAAUUCAACAGUCCAUGCAAAAAGCUGGCGUACAAGGCAAAUUUUCUUGCAUGAGUUUACGAAAAGGCAAAAUAAAAGGUUUAUUAAUACCAUCAACAAAUUCAGAAUUGCUUGAUUUAUCAUCAUCGAAUUCUGCUAAAAAAGUCAAACGAGAAUCGACGACAUCCAAUUCAUCGUCAGUUAUGAUCAAACCAGCUGAUAUUAUUCUUCCACUUCAACCAUCUGAAAAUCAUCAAGAUGAUAUACCAUCACCAAUUGCAGUCUCAUUGAAUAAUAAACGCAAAUUGACAUCUAAUGAUACAUUUCAUGCGCUCUAUUCUGCCGCACAUUUAAAAUCUUCACGACAAUCAAAAAUUAACCUACUAAGAAAAUAUCUUGAAGACACACUUGGCUUAGUAGAAUUUCUUACUUUAUAUGAAUAUUUAAGUCGAAAUUCCUAUAUUAAACUACAAGGCACUCCUAUUGAACAUUAUGAACAUAUUUUACCUGUUUUACUUACAUUACUUAUGCUUGAAAAUACUGCAUAA